AUGUCGAUUUUUUGUUCAAAGAAAAAAGAGAUUGUGUCGGAUGACUGUAAAACCAGCACCUGCUAUGCCAGUAAACUUGAGAAACACCUCUCAAUAUGUAAUGCUCGCAAGCAAGAACAGCCAGACUACAUAGUACACAAUAUUAAUAUACCUCCAUAUGAAGAGGACUUCAAACGGCUGCCUCUUAGUCAAAUACUGGCCACAAAAAUAUUACAAGUGAUAGAAAAAGUCAACAGUCUCUAUGAUAAAUACUUGAAGGAUGCAAUCAUAACUUUGCCAGAAGAACCAAUCCAUAAAGCUGUGUUAGACGAGUUUAAUGAACCUGGUCGUACAGAGAGCUCCCUUCGUCAUCUCCGACAAGCCUCACAAUUGUUACAUGUUGUUGAACAACAAGAGCUUGUGAAAUCUAAUACAUGUUAUGUAGAGUUGGGAGCGGGGAAAGGUCAUCUCUCCUACUAUGCUUGGUGGGCCUGGUGCAAGAAUACAGAUAGUCAUGUUCUGUUGGUUGACCGAGCAUCACUUAGACAUAAAAGAGACAAUAAAUUGAGAGACAGCCGCUAUAAUAAAAGUACUGAAGAUCUGAAUAGUGAGAAUCAAAAUAAUUCCCAUAGAAUCCGUGCGGAUUUAGCUCAUUUGUGGCUUGAUAAAGUACCCGCCGUGCAAGCUUGUAAUAGAGUGGUGGGUGUCGCGAAACAUCUGUGUGGUGUUGCUACUGAUUAUGCACUGCGUUGUAUAACAUCAGAAGUCGUCUUACAUAGAGUAAUGGGCAUCGUGUUAGCUACAUGCUGUCACCAUCGUUGCGAGCGGCCUAUGUAUAUAGCGAAUAAAUAUUUACAAAAUAUGGGUAUAACAGCCGAAGAAUUCAAUGUAAUCGUUGGCAUAGUGUCAUGGGCUACUUGUGGUGACGGACGCAGCAGACAAAGACGCUCACAGGAAACGGAAACAGAAAAAGAUAAUAAUACGAGUGAUAUGAAUGAAAAAGAAGCGGGAAAUACAACAUUAGCUGGGGACUUAGGCACGAAAAACAUUAAAAUAAGUCAGGAACAACGAGAAAUUAUAGGGAGGAAAGCUAAAGUGUUGCUAGAUUAUGGCAGAGUUUUAUACUUAAAGGAUUGCGGGUUUGAUGCUCGACUUGUCCAUUACGUGCCUACAUCAGUAUCGCUAGAAAAUGUUUGCAUCAUCGCUAAGAAACUCAGCUAG